AUGGCAUCGGCCGAUCUUAUUCGUCAUCAACCAUACACUGUUUCUGAAAAGAAAGGAAUUUAUUUUGCAACAAUUUAUUGGCAGUUCAAGUCCGACCUUACAAAGAGCGAUACUAUUCAUGGUUCGUUCCGAUUUUUGAUCAUAGUGGAUCUGACGACUUUUGAGAAAGAACCAACUGUUGAUCGCGCUCCUCCUGCCUUCAAUGGUUCGGAAUUCGUUGGCUAUACUCUCACCACUUCAAGUGGCGUCUGUUGUCGCUGGACGUCAUUUUGGCGCGACCGCUGCAAGAACGCUUCGGUUCGGGAGCUUGUCAUUUUCGGAAUGACGGAUUUUAAUUCGACAGCAUUUAUGAUGCAGUUGGACGCCUUCGGACGUCCGCCUCCUCCGCAGAAGCUCAGCGAUGGACGUGCUGUAGUAGCGAAAGAAAUCGCUUCCAAACUCGAUAUGAUCAAUCUGGACAAACAGCGACGAAUUCGUGGUGAUAUGCUCGUGCCAUCCGGAUUGGGAAUGGUCCAGUUAGGCAAUUCAACAAAAGUCGUUAAACGACAAGGCAUAGGUAGCGAAGACGUGCAGAAGUGGCGAAAUGAUGUUUUGUCUGUGAAUCGGCCACGAACCAAUGUGGCAAAUCAACAAGAGACAGUGGAGAACGCACGAGAACACGCAAGAAAAAUCGCCGACUUGAUUCCUAAAUGCCACAACUGCCAGGUGAACAGCGAGGGCGAAGACGAAAUUUGCACGCGAAGUGACUCCACUGCGAACUCCCUUCCAUCGCCACUUGGUGAGCUGACAGUCACAACAAACCAUGAGCGCAAGUACUCAGACUAUUCCUCUGCAUCCAGUCAAAAAUCUCCAACUCCUCCAAGUCAGUCGUCGUUCUCUGACUAUUCGUCUACCUAUCGCUUGCAGUCCUCACCACCCUAUUCACAACGAUCUACAAGUCCGUUGAAAACAGAGGUUCCGACUAGAGUCAAUGUGAGCAGCGUUCAAGUGAAUCGCUUCUCGGCGACUGCCGGUCGAAACGCGAGCGAUUGUCGGGCAACCCCAUCUCCGAAGCAGAAAUCCGACCUAAGCUUAGCGGAGAUUCUCAGUCGCAAAUCCCAGAUGAUCACUGGCCAACCAAGAAACGCCGUCGGUCUCACGAAGCAGGUCCGGCUUUCCGAUGGAAAUUCGCCGUGUGGAAGACCUCCAGCGUUUAGGUAUGCGAACUUCCUACGUACCACUACAUACUAUUUUGAAUGUAGUUCUCUUCCAGUGAUUUACUCUGUGGGUAAAAAAAAUACUUUCAAAAGGCUGUAUUCUGAAAUUCGUUCUUAUUACAGUAUGUUAUCGAACUAA